AUGUGGCUGGUUCCCCAAUUCCUGAAAAACCUCUGGUGUAGGGGUUCAAACGAAUAUCCUGUCUUUCCCCCGCCAGAGCCCGAAGAACUCCUCGCUCGCCCUAAUGUCUACCGCGAACGCCUCUUCCAACGCAUCUAUCGAACUCCUAAAGACAAGCUGGAAGACACCCCACUGUUUUCACUAUACCGACUCUAUGAGAGCUUGGUUUUGAACGACAACAUCGGCCUGCGAAACGAAUUCGAAUAUUUCUGGUACGCGAAGUGGCCGGUCGUUUCUAUUCCUGAUCCACAGGACCCCUCCAAAUCUCGCUACGCGGUUCUUUCUGCUAUCCCAGCCUUUUUAGUCGAGUCAUUUAACCAGCGUAUCGAGCUGGGUCUCCCACGGAAAGCCGACCCCAUCAUGUCCCGCGAAGAAAUGGAGCAGUACCAAAAGGAGGACAGGAUAUUCGAGUCAGCGCCAGAGUGGACGGACCAGGUGGCGCGGCUCGAAGAUACCCUAGUCAUUCCACAUGAUAACGAAGAGAUUCUUGGGUCGUUCGAUGAUAAAAGGGCUAGUGAGCAGCUGGCAGCGAAAAACAUCUUGCAUUGGCAACCAGAUAUUCAUCUCAUUUGA